UUGUCUCUGUGUGUAAACAAGAAAGCCUUUUAUUGGUUUUAUCUAAUAUUCUAACCAAUGAAUUUGAAAAGUCAUUAAAGAAUUGUAAUUAUUAGAUCUAGUCUAUCUAGAUCUAUUUCUAUAUAUAGACCUAGAUUCUAGACUUCGCAGAAAGUAAAUACAUGCAAUGGAGGAGACAACAUUACUGUUUCGACAUUUGCCGUCAGAGCUUAGUGAUGAGGAGCGCAAAGACUUGCUAUAUCAUUUAGGUGCAACACAUGUUAAAGUAAUGGGAAGGUCUGGAUCUAUGAAAAACACAGCUUUUGCACUAUUCCCAUCAAAAGAACAAGCUACAAAGAUUUUAAAUCAACUUCAUCAGGUGGAGUUUCUCAGUUCAAAACUUGUUGUAGAGUUUGCAAAGAAAAAUCUGCCACAGGUUCUAUCAAUUAUUGAUAAUGAAGGGGUGAAAAAGACUGAAACAGAAGAUAGUAAAGACUUGGAUAAAGUGGAGAUUGAACCACAGGAAGUCAAGUUUGACACAACAUUCAAUGUUUGGGGGUUGAAGCAUCCACGCCGUCCUGAGCUACGUUAUCUAUACCCACCUCCAACACAGUCCAUACUGACCAAUAUCUUGCAUGCACUGGCAGCAGUCCCAAAGUUUUAUGUCCAGGUCUUACAUUUGAUGAACAAAAUGGAUUUACCAGCACCCUUUGGACCUGUCACUCUACCCCCACCUGUGCGAUCAGACGUUCAAGGCUAUUAUGGUCCAGAUGACGUUGACCAGAGAGCAAUGGACAUAUCCAGCGACACAGAAUCCGAGCUGGACAGUGGUGAUGAGAUUAACAAAGAUAUCAGAAAUGAAGAGAAACAACAUUUAAAGAGACCACCUCGCUCAGCUAGGAAACCUGCCGCCAAACGUCCCAAGCUUUCAGACUUGAAGGAUAUCGGUGCUGACUUGUUACCAGCUACAACACCUGUCCAGGUGAAUGAUGUCUUUGAGCAGGUUUCAUCCGCUGGGCCAAGAAAGAUUGAACUCAAGCUACCACCCACCAUCCAGCUACCUCCACUUCCACCACCACCACCACUUCAAACGUUGAUCCACCCCCCUCCUUCUUACUUGGCACCUGCUGUCAGUGAUUACCUCCCUCAUCAGUCUCAUAACCAAAUAUCAACAGCUAUACCUGAACCCACAACAAUACACCAACAGAAUGAAACACAUCCACUGCCUCAAGCAACUUCAGAUGAAGUGAACAUGUCCUAUGAUGUACCUUUACCACCUAAAGAAUCUGAACUGCAAGCUCCAGCUGUGGUUGUUGGAGGCUUUGGUGUCAUGGAGCCAGUACACAAGCCUGUAGAUAAAACCAAUGAUGAGGACAACACAGAAAAAGAGUGGACAAAGUCUAAGUUUAUUUCAUCUAAAGAGUUGAAGAAAUUCAGAUUGUCAAAGUCAGAGAUGUCAGAGUUGAGUGUUUUCAAACGCUAUGAAGAAGGGGAACCAUCUUGUCGACUGUAUAUCAAAAACUUAGCCAAAAAUGUCACAGAGGAGGAUAUCCACUGGGUCUAUGGUCGUUAUGUGGAUUGGGAUAAUGAACUCGAAACAACGAUAUUUGACAUUCGGUUAAUGAAAACUGGCAGAAUGAAAGGUCAAGGAUUUGUCACUCUGCCUUCAGAGAAAGUUGCUGUCACUGCUGUAAAAGAAACCAACGGAUUGCUUCUGAAAGAUAAACCUCUGGUAGUUCAAUUUGCCAGGUCAGCUAAGGCUCAUGAAGAGGAUUCCAGUAAGUCUUGAUGUUGCUACCAGAGGAUUCGAAGCAACCCUUCAAGAUCUAAACAACCUUGCUGUUGAUUGAAGAUGAUUCCAGCACAUGUUGAUAUUGAUUAAAAAACACUCAAUCAAGCUUUUACAGUGAUGGAACAUGAGUUGAUGCAGAGUAAACUGUUGAUUGGACAAAGGAUUCUUAACAAUCUUAGCAUCUAUCUCACACUUGAUCUGCAUCCACGUGCUGCUAAAAAUAGAACAGAGAUCUCUUAAACAUGAAGUUUAUAAAUAUGGUUCACUUUUGCUGAACUUGACAUGUAGGGCAAAGUGCAGCCCAUGUUAUACUUUAAGUUUUGUCUUUUAAAUGUUUGUGUAAUAUGAUUGUAAAAAGUUUAGUUUUUGAAAAAUUAAAUAUUUUCAGAGA